AUGCCCCUUCUUGCCCUCCUACCCUCACUCUUGUCUUCCACCACCACCACUCCCUCCUCUCAUCCCUCCAAUGCCCCUCACGCAUCCAAACAGCCCCCAAAGACGAUGAACAACACCAAACAUGGAGGUUGGGUGUUGUUUGCACUCAUUCUCUGUCCUGCCCACCUGCCCACCCAGCACCACCUGCCUCUCACCUUCCACCCCCACCACUGCCACUUCUCACCCUUCCAACACCCCUCGCCCGCACAAACAGCCACCCAGGAUGAUGAACGACACCAAACUUGGACAUUCAGCAGCAUUUGCAGUCGUUCUGUGCCCUAUCCACCCCUUCUUGCCCUUCCCCCCUCCCUCCUCACCCUCUUGAUGCCCCCUUGCCCAUCCAAAUGGCCUCCAAAGCACCCUGAUGACAGUGAAUGA